GCGGGGCCCAGCGCCCCGGCCCGGGAGGAUGCGGCCCUGGGCGGCCCGGGAGCUGAGCAGGGCCCCCGCGCCGGCCCCCGCGGGCCCCGGCCUCCGGAACCGCAGCUGCCGCCCCGCCCCCGAGAGACAUGACUUCCAAGCCGCAUUCCGACUGGAUUCCCUACAGUGUCUUAGAUGAUGAGGGCAGCAACCUGAGGCAGCAGAAGCUUGACCGGCAGCGCGCCCUGCUGGAGCAGAAGCAGAGGAAGAAGCGCCAGGAGCCGCUGAUGGUGCAGGCCAACGCCGACGGGCGGCCCCGGAGCCGGCGGGCCCGGCAGUCGGAGGAGCAGGCCCCCCUGGUGGAGUCCUACCUCAGCAGCAGCGGCAGCGCCAGCUACCAAGUUCAGGAGGCUGACUCACUUGCCAGUGUGCCACUGGGAGCUGCCCAACCCACAGCACCAGCCUCAGCCAAGAGAACCAAGGCAGCCGCCGCAGCGGGGGGCCAGGGCGCGGCCUCUGGGAAGGAGAAGAAGGGGAGGCACAAAGGCACCGGCGGGCCAGCAGCACCGGCAGAAGACAAGUCCGAGGCCCGAGGCCCCAUGCGGAUCCUGACUGUGGGCCAGUCAGACCACGCCCGGGACGAGGGGGAGACAGCCGCUGGUGGGGGCACACGGCCCAGCGGGCAGGACAUCCGUGCCACGAUGCAGAGGAAGGGCGUCUCCAGCAGCGUGAGCUUCGAAGAGGAAGAGGAGGAUGAGGACGAGGACAGCUCCAGCUCCUCCCAGCUGAACAGCAGCCCCCGCCCCAGCUCUGCGACGAGCAGGAAGUCCCUCAGGGAGGCAGCCUCAGCCCCCAGCCCCCCAGCCCCAGAGCCGUCGGUGGAUGUUGAGGUCCAGGAUCUUGAGGAGUUCGCCCUGAGGCCGGCCCCGCAGGGGAUCACCAUCAAGUGCCGCAUCACACGGGACAAGAAGGGCAUGGACCGGGGCAUGUACCCCACCUACUUUCUGCACCUGGACCGCGAGGAUGGGAAGAAGGUGUUCCUCCUGGCGGGAAGGAAGAGAAAGAAGAGUAAAACUUCCAAUUACCUCAUCUCUGUGGACCCAACAGACUUGUCUCGAGGAGGGGACAGCUACAUCGGGAAACUGCGGUCCAACCUCAUGGGCACAAAGUUCACCGUUUAUGACAAUGGAGUCAACCCUCAGAAGGCAUCAUCCUCUACUUUGGAAAGUGGAACCUUACGUCAGGAGCUGGCUGCUGUAUGCUACGAAACAAAUGUUUUAGGUUUCAAGGGGCCGCGGAAGAUGAGUGUGGUUGUCCCAGGCAUGACCAUGGUUCACGAGAGAGUCUCUAUCCGGCCCCGCAACGAGCAUGAGACGCUGCUAGCACGCUGGCAGAAUAAGAACACGGAGAGUAUCAUUGAGCUGCAGAACAAGACGCCUGUCUGGAAUGAUGACACACAGUCCUACGUACUCAACUUCCACGGGCGCGUCACUCAGGCCUCCGUGAAGAACUUCCAGAUCAUCCACGGCAAUGACCAGGCGGCAGGAGGCCAGCCCCCAAGGUCAGAUCUCUUAAGAGGAUGGGGCCUGCAGGACGCAGGCUCAGCGUACAGGCGGCGCAUGGGACAGGGCUGUCCUGGAGCUCCGUCAGCUGCCCCGGGAGCUCCCUGCUGAGCAGUCCCUGCACAAACCCCAGGACACCAGCCCCAGUCUGCACACAGGUAGGCGUGCCUGGAGCUCCUGCCUGUGCUUCAGCUCCCACUGCAGUCAGCCUAGGCUGUGGUCGCUGAGGGCUUGUAUGUGGUUGUUCUUAGCUGGGAAUGGGACAGGGUAAGGAGAGCAGGAAAUGUUUUAGAACCACAAGAGAUCAGAGGUGGCAGGACCCUGAGAGAUCAUCUAGCAAAUAGGACUUGCCCUGGGUCACCUAGCUGGUUAGGGGCAGAGUUCGGAGUUUCAGCUCCCUUGAUUUCCUUGUUUCCACCAUCCCCCAAGAAACUGCUCUCUCUGACCUUCCUAGGGCACAGUCUGCAUGCCCGUGCACCUGAUUCCAGAGACUUAGAAAUGUCAAGAGGUGGUGAAAUUGAAACCAUUUCAGUGGGAAAUUGGGCAGUUCCCUGCUGAAAGCUGUCUGGAUUUUUGCAUGUCCGUCUGAUAGGGACUGGCCUGUGCCUGGCUCCUCCCCGAGGGCAGGCCUUAGCAAGGCUGCUGCCCGUUUUGCUAUCUAGGUGUGACAGGUGGGUUGUGAGUGUUCAGGGCUGCGCCUGAUCUCUCUCUACCGCCCUCCUCCUUGGAUGGCACCAUCUACUCUGAAGACUUGGAAAGUCUUGCACAUUUGUCAUUUACCCUGACAGAGGCUACUCGCCCAGAUGGAGAUCAGAAAUCAGUGGGAAGCAAGCAAGAGUUGUUCCCCACUUCAGAGUAGAUAGAUCUGCUUGGAAAGACUACAUAGAAGUUGGUUUUUUAAAAAGUAAAAAUCAUACUUUAAACAUGUUAGCAAGGCUCUGAGGUGAAGUUGUUUUGACUUCAGUGGGAGUAGUAUGCUCUCAUUUCCUGGUAAUCUGGGUUUUCCUACGUUGAGUGCUUAAAGCAAGGCAUUCUUGUUCUAGCAGGGAUCUGCCCACACCUGGGGCAUGUCUCUGUGAGAGGCCCCUCCAAUGAUCCAGGUUUUGUUAACAUGGUCUAGUUUCUAGACAGCUCUUGACUUGGGGCCAUCUUUAGGGCACUAGAACUUUCUAUACUGGAGCUGUUCCACUUGCCAAUGAAAUACUGUCGUGCCGUCCUCCUUUCCAUAGUCCCAGUUUGGCUCUUCCUUUCUUGACUUUGAAAAGAGAGACCUGCUGACAUUUAGAAUGAUGGAAAGUAGAUGAUCUCUGAAGUCUAGUCAAGCUGUUUCUCUGGGUCAAUGAUUUUAAGGUAGAACAGGUUGAUUCUGGAUCCUCAUGAGAGAGGGGAUCCUGGUGGCAGAGUGGAAAAUUCAUUAGAAGCACAAUGGAAAACUAGUCCCCUGCUUUCUCCUCUAGUACACAGGGGAGAGGGUUGACAGAUGUUUUGGUAGGGUCAGGAACGUGGCCUGAGAGUUCCAGCCUGGGCAUGGAAAAGGGUAGCUCAGCAACAAAACCCUCUGUUGGGCAUUGAGUGACAAGCAGUAGCACUCGAGUCACCUGCUUAAGACCCCAGCCUUGCAAGGUCUGUUCUUUAGACCCCAUUCUUGGUGAUGCUGGUUUUCCUUGACCACUGGCCUCAUAGCCAUGGGCCCAAAGACUCAUAAAGCUACCAGGGCCCCUGGAGACCACUUGGGCUCAGCCUCUCCCACAGUAAGAGUUCUUGCCCUUCAUACUCUCUAACCAGAUGGUCCUUGGUUGGGCAGGGAACUUGGUGAUGGAAUGAGCAGUCCCUAAGGGUGUUGGGUAGCUGGGACAUUAGGCAGCUCCUCUGUAACUGCUCCUAGCUCUAACUCCUCCUGGGGCCACACCCCCAAACUCUAUGCCCUCUGCCCCCAAACAGUUCUACAGAGCAGUGAAGUUCACUUCCCUAACUCUUCCCCAAUUCUGGCUUUUCUUUCCUUCUGGCUCCAAGGUGCUCUGUGUCUGUCUGUGUGUCUGUGUGUCUCUGCGUGUAUUUGGGGCAAAGGGCAAUCUGUGAACAAUCAAUUGAGGUUUCCUAUUACAAUCAUAUUUCUACAGAUGAAUAGGAAAGGAAUAAGGAUGUAGUUAUGAUCACCGGUGGAUUUUGUUCAUUUCAUGCUCUUUGAUCAGAAAGUAUAAUUUGGAAAGUACCAACUCUUUCUCCCAAGGUUCUCCAAGGAAGACACCAUCCCAAAAAGUUUAGUUCUUCAGUUCCCACUUUGCAUUACCUGAAGAAAUUGGUGUGUUGCAUGUGUGCUUUUGGAUGAAUUUGAACUUAUUCUAGUUGAAUGUGCCUUAAAAAUCAUGACACUAAUUCAGAACGAGCAUGUAAGGUCCAGACCCAUGCUGAGGACAGGUGUUAAAAGCCAGGGAGUGUGAUAAUCACAGGCUAGAAGACAACAUUUGGGGCCCACCUCCUUCAGUGACAAGGGCAACAAAACUGUAGAAGCAGACAUCUUUCUUUGCUCUGGAAAUGGUGGGGCAUUUACUUCUAAAUGAAUUUACCAUAUAUUUAGAGGCAGUUCUGAAUUUAACAAGCCACAGUGAUGACUUCAAACUAAGAUGCUUGUGCUUUCCUUACAGUGAGGGGAGAGGCUGGGCUGGCUGUGUCCACGGCUUUGUUAUGCAAGCACAAAUUCCAUCUCCUAGAUGGAGUCCCUGGCUUUGCCUUCCUGCGGUUAACACCGGCCUGUCCCUCUCUACAAUUCUUCACCCCAGCUGAGAUACCCCUGUGACCUCAGGAUGCCAGGUGGCCCUCAGAGCACAUUUUUCCAGAUAGCUGAAUGAGUCUGCUUUCUUCUGGUGCCCAGCACUGAGUGGGGCCUGACUCCACUGCACUCAGGGCCCAGCGUUGGGACCCUACACUGCCCUGGGCCCUGGCUUGUAGAACUGUAGCAGCCCCAGGAACAGGCCAGAGGAUGGGCUCUUGUUUGAGUUUAGUGGUCACCUGUCCUUCCCAUACCUCCUGUUUGUAAUUUUCUGUCAUCUCAGGAUAUGGGGGGAAAGGUACAGCAGAAGUAUUUGGGACGGGUUUGGUUUUUGAAUUUUCCAACCAAGUUGAGAGGCAGGUUGGUCUUACAGAAAGCACUACUGCACUUAGUAACCAUGUGAUUUUGAGCAAACCACGUGAUUUUUCUAGGUCUGUUUUCUCACCUACAAAAUAAGGAGGUUGGACUGUCACAGCUUGCAGUAGGAUUCAGGGUGAAUGAAAGUUGAUCCUUGCUUUCAUCACUUUCUAGCUCAUCACCGUGCCUUUUUUCUUUCCUAAGAAAGACGUCACACCCCUUUCCUCUUCUCUUCUGUUGUCCCUCCCUCCUUCCCUAUCAAGGUCCAGGCAGAGCUGGAGAUUAGGCUGAGAUCCAGAAUUUCCUAGAGAGUAACAAAGUGGCAUAGAAAGGGAAGCCCGACUCUGGCCUCUUUAAUCCUGCAUUUGGUGACUAAGGGGACUUAGGAUGGUGACACUUCUCUUGUUGGGAGCAUACAUUUAGCCAGUUUUCAUAAUGCCUAGAAUGUGUAUGUCUAUUUGCACAAGAUUGUCUUUUCCUAUUUAUUUUGGAGUGGUCAGACAUUUUAUUUUUGUUCAAAAUCAUCAAGUUUUAGACAAACUUGCAAAACUGUGCUUUUAUUAAGUGACUUUUUGAAUAAACUCUUUGGUAUUCUGGAGCAAAUGUAUUUAUUUAUUGGUAUGUGCAGUGACAAAGUUGGUAUUUUCCCAUGUUGACAUUAUGUAUGUUGUAGAACUUAGUGUUUGUCUAAGUACAGACCACAAACCAUAUAUCAACAAAUUAAACUUGAACUGUUUCAACACUGCUGUGCACUUUUUUCCCCCUAUAAAAGAAAAAACAUGUCUCUUACCUAAAAGUUUUUUUCUACAUCAUUCAUUCCUUCUGUCCUAAGAGGCUCAGGGGUGGGCAGGAGGGUGGUGGUAACAAGGGGAUCAUAGCUUGUUUAGAAACCAUCACAUAUGGGUGGAAACUGUCUUCCCUCUGGCCGUGCUCAUCAAGUUUAAGGAUGCUCAGGACCACACACGCAGAGGCUGGAGGGGCUAGAAGGGUAAGGACAGAAGGUACUUACAUUAGAGCAUCCUCUGCAGGGGCAGCUGUGCCAGCUGGAAGAAUGGGCUGCUGCUUCCUAAGUAAACCCCUGUGGGCCUGGCCCAUACGAACAAAAACAGGACCAAAGAGCUGAAUAACAGGUGAGAAAGGCCCAAGUAGUAGAAAUAACAUGAAGACCCAGCCACUGGGUUCCUGUAGCCCUAUGCAGAGCAGCCUAACCUGUUUAAACAGGACUUGGACAUACUACACACUUGGGAAUUUUCUUUUCGGCCUGUGGCAGAUCUGAAGCCAACAGCAAGGGAGGCUGCAGUUGUGGCUGGAAGCAGACAUGAAGGCUAUGGGUCUGAUCCUGAGGGAGGAGAUCAAAACUGAAGUCACCCAGAGACUGCAGGACCUGUGCUCUGGGCCAUUCCCAGCAGUCAGGGUAGCCGUGGAGGGUGUCAUGGGCGACAGCCCAGCAGCACAGGACUUGAUGACAGAGUGUGAUGCUGUUGGUGGCACUGGCAUGAGCACCUAGCACAGGCUACACCCUGGACAGACACUGCGCACAGCACUGCGAGGCGGGUAUUAUUCCCAGUGCGUAAAUGAGGAAAUUGGUGCUUAGAGGAGUUAAGGAGUAAUCAAGAAAAAGGAGAAAUUUGGCGUAUUUACUUUGUAUAAGAAAAUGGGAAAGGAAAAACAUAAGGUUAGGUACAUUUUAGAAACACUUGUGUGAAAAUGGUCAAGGCAAAGUCUGUGAUACUUCAUGUUUUUCUCAUUGCUGGGUAGCUGAAGUAUUAGAUUUUCCUUUGGUAUAUAUAAAUAGUCUGGGUUGAGGGAAUCUAAGAGUGUGGUAAUAAGUAGGGUUGGUUUAUUUAUUACCCCAGAUUUGGAGUUUUUAAUGUGGUCAACAGCAUUUCCUACCUGAACUGUGGCCUCUCUCCUUGGCUCUGCCUCUGGGAAAUAACAUUUGCAGGGCACUACUAAAAAGGAAAGAGAUUUUCGUUGUUUAGUGGUCAGGUUAAAGACAAAUCUUGUAAAUAGCCCUGGACAGGGUCCAUGGAGAGUCCUAGUUUACAGCUAUUAUCUUGGCAUAAUUAAAGCUCCCUUUUCCCAAGUCCUAGUUUACAGCUAUUAUCCUGGCAUAAUUAAAGCUCCCUUUUCCCAAAGUGCCCCAGACUGGACCAUAAGUCAUUGGAUCAUCCAGGCCAUAGAGGGUGCAGAGAGUGGGGUCCUCACAAGCCAUCUCUUCUAGAGGCCAAACGUGCCUGCACUCCUCUAUGCAGCUCUCUGGGCCUGGCUCCUGAGCUCACAUAGCACUAGUCCUGGAACUAAGGAGGUACUCUCCCUGUGCUCUUAUUCUGACCAGGAAAGGGGAUCUCCUGGCCGGAUCACCCACCUGAUUUACCAAGCAUGGUCCCAGGUGAUGCAGUUGUUUCCUGGGCCAACUAUCUGCCCCCAGAGGUGUGACUGUGCUCUGCCACGGUGCCUAAAAGUCACUGCAGACCUAGUGCCAGGGGACUCAGCCCAGAUCAGUUCUGGAGAAAUGAAGACCAGGAGGAAAGAGACAGCAGGCAUGACAACAAAAACCAGUCCCAUGAUUUUGGUCAUCCUGGAUUGUAUAUACAAAUAUAAUUGUCAUCCCUGAAAAAUAACAUAAUUCUGAAAAAUCCAAAAAGGAUUGCCUAAUCUGAAAUUAUUGAAAAGUGCAUUAAAAUUUUUGAAAUAUAAAUACAUAAAUAUAUUCCUGCUAUAUAAACCCACCAAGAACCAGGGCAGCAAGAGCUAUCGUGGUCUUAGUACUUCCAGCAGGAACUAUUUCCAUAAGCCAAUUUCCCCCAAAGAUUAACAUUCCAAAAAAGAGUUGGUUAUGUGACACCUUACAUACCAGCCUCAUCAAAAUACCUGAACAUCACCCUUUUACUUUCACACCCCACUGCUCUACCACCACUCUUUCUGCCAAGAAUGUCCUUUCUCUUCCUUGCACAGCUGAGAAGUUCUUAGCAUCCCUCGAGACCCACCUCCUCUGUGAAGUUUCUUGAAGUACUUUAGCAAAAAUGAUCUUUUUUUGUGCUCCUACAGAUUUGGGUCCAUAUCUCAAAUACAGCAUAAAACCUUGUACAAUAAAAGUAAAGUAGCUACCGCUUAUUGAGUGGUUAUCCUGUAUGAGAUAGGAUAGUGCUGUUUUAUAGGCACUGAUGAUUUCAUUUAAUCCUCAUAACUACCCUGUGAGACCUGGACUUUGACCCGCCAGCCUUAGAAUGAGAAAGCCAAGGUUCUUGGGGUUAAGGAGCUGGCCAGAUUCUGCAACUAGAAUAGACAAGGAUGGAACUGUGACCGACAUUUCCCUGCCUGCAGAAUUCAUGAUCUUGAGCCCUUUUAUAGUUCACAGUUCAUUUUUAAAAAUAAAUCGGAUAAGGCUCCCACAUUCAACUGAGUUUUUUUUAAAGGUAGGAAUUGAGCCUUCUGUUCCCACUGCCUAGCUCUGAGCAGGGUCUGCCGAAUGAAUAAACGAGUGAAUAAGCUAGAAGGAAACAAAUACAUACCUCUAAUAAGGGAAUCAUAUCCUAAGGCAAAAA